AUGUCGGGGUUCAAUAUUGGCACUUCUCCGCUUGUUUAUCUUGGAGUUCCUAUCUUUAAGGGUAAACCUAAAGCGGUUCAUUUGCGUCCGAUUGCGGAUAAAAUCAUUCAUUUGCUUGCUUCUUGGAAAGGUGCUCUUUUAUCGUUUGCCGGCCGUGUUGAACUUGUGAAGUCCGUCAUUCAAGCGGAAGGUGGGCUUAGGAUUCGGUCUAUCAGCAGCUUAAAUGACGCUUACAAUCUUAAGAUGGCUUGGGAGUUACAUAACUCAAUGGAGCCUUGGGCUCAUCUUCUUAGGCAGAGAGUUUUUAGAAAGCAGAAAAUCAUCAAGCAUCACAUUUUUUCUUCCCUUUGGGCCAACAUUAAGCCGGAAAUGCCGACUGUGGAGAACAAUAGCUCUUGGUUGUUGGGUUGCGGUUCUAAUAUCAGUUUGUGGUAUGAUGCUUGGUGUGGCAGCCCACUGAGCAAUGAUUUGGUGGAUGCGGAUGGUAUCGUCGAUCAAACGGUCAGCAGUAUUAUAACAGAUGGUAAAUGGGAUUUUUCUAAAGUUGUUUCUUGCAUUCCAGCAGCAAUAAAGGAGAGGAUUGCUGGCUGCCAUAUUCCCUUCGAUCUUCGUCCUGAUUCGAAAGUUUGGGUGCAUUCUGCUAAUGGGGAGUUCUCUUCUAAAAUAGCUUACGAGUUUAAGCGACCCAAAGGUUUGCUUAAGGAGUGGUGGCAGUGGCUUUGGUCAAAAUCUAUCCCACCUUCGAAGUCAUGCUUGGUUUGGAAGCUCUUACAUGAUAAAGUGCCUACGGACGAUCAAUGCCGGAGAAGGAAUUUUGCCUUUCCUUCUCGGUGUGAUCUUUGCAAUGAGGCGGAAGAAACAACACCCCAUCUAUUCUUUAACUAUAAGUUCUCCUCUCAGCUUUGGCAUUGGUUAAGUUUAAAGCUUAAUUCCUCCUUCCCCAUUCUUUGUUGGAAUGAUGCUUGGAGUCUUUGCAAAAAUUUUGGGAUUGGUCAAUGCAAAUCCGUUGCUGGGGCAGCCGUGAUUUACGUCCUGAAUGUUAUAUGGCUGGCUAGAAAUAAGACUAGAUUCCAUAAUGCUAAGAUGAAUUUCUCUGCAGCCACUUCUUACAUUAUGGAUGCCGUUGCUUUGGAUGGUAGUGUUUCUUCGCCGACAAAAUAUUUGAAUAUGCAGGAUUUCAUCUUUCUCAAGAGUUUCAAAGUCACUAUCCGUCCUCCUAAAGCUCCUGUUAUUAUGGAGGUUAUUUGGAAGCCGCCUCCAAGAUCUUGGAUAAAGAUUAAUUGUGACGGUGCCUCGUCUUCAUCGUCGGGGUUGUCGGCUUGCGGUGGUAUUGUGAGAAAUAGUGAGGGCUUUUUUAUGGGAGCCUUUGCUUCUUUUUUGGGAGUUUCCAACUCUCUCAUGGCCGAACUCUCGGGAGCAAUGUUUGCUAUUGAGUUCGCUUAUGAGAAUAAUUGGAAUUCCAUUUGGUUAGAGACCGACUCUACGACGGUGGUUAAUGCGUUCAAGGCUCCGUUUGUUGUGCCGUGGUAUAUUAGAAAUAGAUGGGUGAAUUGUAUUAAUAUAGUUGCUAAUUGGAAUUUCGUUGUUUCCCAUAUUUUUCGGGAAGGGAACACUUGUGCAGACAGUCUUGCUAACAUAGGGCUUAGUAUUAAUGGUACUUCUUAUUUUUCCUCUGUCCCUGAUUGUUUAAGGGCUGAUUUUGUAAAGAAUAGGUUUGGUAUGCCUUUCUUUAGGUUUGUUCCUCCUCGAUAG